AUGGAGACAAUAGAUCUCGACGAAUCAGCCUUAAAAGCAGUGGAUGAGUAUUGGGAGUACAGAAGGAUUGUAGGUGAUGAUGAUGGAGGCAAACUGUUUACUCCAGAGCAAUAUGAGGAGUACAAGAGGAAAGUGCUCCCUCUGCGAUUGAAAAACAGGCUUUAUGUGAGCUUUGGGGUACCAGGAGGUAUCGAAUGUAAACUCAUUGGCCCUGAGACACAGUGCUUCUGUACACACAGAUAUAAGCAACACAAGACAGACUUUGAAGUUGUUCCCUCUGAGCGACCCUUGGCUCUACCGUGCCAGUCCAGGGGAUGUCAUUGUUCUGCCUACCAGUAUGUUACCCAGAUCGGGUCAACACCUGUCCGCUGCAGGUGUAAACACUUACCCCACGAUCACAGUGAAGCUACUGGACAUUUGUGCAAGAAAUGUACCUGCACUGGGUUCCAGAGCUCCUACAUCUGUGGCUGUGGCCAGCCCAGCUCUGCCCACCGGACCCUGGUUGAGACAAAGCUAGAGAGGGAGGCUCAGGGUCGGCCAGUUGGCAGGGAUGUCCCCUACGCUGCCAUGGGGGGUCUGACAGGGUUCAGCUCAUUGUUGGAUGGUUACCUCGCUUUGGAAGCCAGUAGCUCAGAUCAAGACAGAGAAGAUGGCUGCCAGCAGAGAGGCUCAUCAUCAAAGAGCAACCAAGCGUCUUGUAAAGCAUCUAACUCUAUUCACUGUAAGAUGACCACCAAAAAGUGA